GUGGAAAACUUCUCUUCUUCGUCCAUUCUCUCCGCGACGGAGGAACCAGAAACAACUCCGCCAUAAACGCAUUAUCCACACCUUGAUUUCAAUGCCGUAAAUUUCAACUCUUCUUUCUUCUCAAGCUCAAUGACGAUUCUUCUUUUCCGGGGCCAAAACUACAACUACAAUACUCGUUCGGAAUACCCAUUGAUGCACUGGAAACCAGCGGCUCCAGUCUACACUAAACUCAUCCAAGGAGCUCCAGAAGGGUUGACAAAAGAUGAAGCUACAGUAUUCGUACGCAUUAUUGUCGUUUGAUGACGAACAAUUACUUACGUCCUACUGCUGGAGUCGGCAUUUCAAUUUUCAAGUGGCUUCAUUAAUGAAUCAUGAACCCUACACAUAUAUGCCACCACAAUACAUGAAAGAAGCAAGCAUAUACUAGUUGUACGGGUGAAGACUCCUUUCCUGUUCACGAUCAUCUGCAUUUUGUCUUGCAACUGAUCGUCAGCAAAUACCUGGCAGCCUGUCAUGACUGCUGAUACAGCCACCUUAAGUUACUGGUUGAACUGGCGGUUCUUCCUUUGUGCUCUAUUCAUUUUUAUCUCUUUGUUUCUGUCUGUGAUUCUGAUAUGGAAAUAUGAAGGAAGAAAAACGUGUGGACUUCAAGAGAGUGAUAAUCAGCCAGGCUCAGGGUCUUUGUAUGACGAAGAAGCUUGGAAUACAUGUCUCAAAGCAAUCCACCCUGCUUGGCUGCUUGCUUUUCGAUUGUUUGCUUUCAUUGUGCUUUUGUCAUUGCUCACAGCCAUUGUUGUCAUUGAUGGAGGUGGCAUAUUUUAUUUUUAUACUCAGUGGACAUUUACUUUGGUUACAAUCUAUUUUGGGUUUGGAUCUUCAAUCUCUAUAUGUCAAUGUUGCAAAAACUGGAAUAAAGUUGGUGGUAAUGGGGUUGAUCAUGCGAGUUUAGAUUCAGAACAAGGCACUCACAUACCCUCCACACUGAGGAACACUGUAGAUGUAUCAAACUUAUCCAGAAGUUCAAAUACCCUUGAGGAACCUCAUGGUCGUCAAAAGGCUGGUCCCUGGACCUAUGCUUUUCAAAUCAUGUAUCAGGUUUGUGCAGGUGCAGUGAUACUCACUGAUUCCAUAUUUUGGCUAAUUCUCUGUCCACUCCUAAGAUCAGAACAUUUUGGUUUAAAUUUUCUGAUUGUAUGUAUGCACUCAAUUAAUAUUGUAUUCCUACUUGGUGACUCAAUUUUGAAUUGCAUGCGAUUCCCUCUGUUUCGGAUUGCAUAUUUUGUUCUAUAUACGGGUAUAUUUGUCAUAUUCCAGUGGAUCGUUCAUGCCUUUGUAUACCUUUGGUGGCCAUAUCCAUUUCUUGACUUGUCAUCCAACUAUGCUCCCUUAUGGUAAGUAUGUAAUCCUGUCGGUGUCUCAACAAGAAUGUAUUCGAGACUCCAAGUAAAGUGGUUUCAAAUUC